CUCGCGAGUGAUAUGAGAAACGUUAAGGUAAUAAAUAGAUACUUAAUUCAAAAAAAAGGUUCCCGAUUUAAAACAUUAAAGGUUUUUACUGCUUAAAAAUGUAUAAAAAUUAUAUAUUUUGUAUAAUCAUUCUCUUUUGUAGUUUUUAUGAAGGAACGAGUGAAGAAACGGUAUGUCGAACUCGAGGACGUUUACCAAACAAUCUGACUCCGGACUGCCGAGGAUACACUAUGUGCUUGAUGGGAGCAGGCGGUUACGCGAAAUUCGAUCUUCUUUGCCCUGAAAACUCUAUCUACAGUCAUUUAGAGAACCAAUGCACCAAUGUCACUAGUUACCAAUGCCUAUCUGACUACAACUGCACACAGGAAGGCAAUUUUGUAGACCCAUCAAGUGAAAACUGCACCUCCUACAUAGCUUGUGUGAAGGAUUUACGAGCUAUUACAACGGCAAGACUUAUUACCUGUCAAUCCAAUGAAGUUUUCAGCCCCAGGGAAUCUAUGUGCGUUAAUGAAACUUUAUAUAAUUGUAAUUUGAUUAAUGAACCUCCGAAAGUUCUUGAAGUGUCAGUCGAUCAGUUCCCCAGCAUCUCGGGAAACUUUUCUCUCAAAAGUAGCGCAUACGCAAAUACGCUGGGUUCAUUAUUGACUGUCUUCUUUGCUUUAUUGAUAGUUAUGAAAUAAAAUCUGUUUCACUUCA